AUGCACUUCGACAUCCUACCUGGGAAUUGCAAAAAACAUGAAAAUAGCAACAAAAAUGAUCAGAUUGAAAAUCCGGACAGUGAGUAUCGAUACAGACUAAAUAAGAGAUGUGGUAGGGCAACAGUAUCAAACGGAGAGAGUAGAAUAUAAACAGUAAAACUUAUUAUUAAAUCUACCGGUGGUUUACUGUGA